UCCCAAAUCUGCCCCGCUAAUCACCUUGACAAUGUGGAAAAUGAUCAUGGGACAAGCCAUAUAUCAGCUGGCUGUAACUCUCACCCUGAACUUUGAUGGCGAAUCCAUCUUCCCAACGUGGGAUAACAGACAUAUCCAGACAGUGGUGUUCAAUACCUUCGUCUUCAUGCAGGUAUUCAAUCAGUACAAGCAAGUAGUGGAAUUUCCUCCUUGUCGAGACACUUAUUAACUAGUUUCUGCAGCUGCCGCCGGGUUGACAAUCGUUUAAAUAUUAUGGAGGGCAUCCUAAGCAACAGAUGGUUUAUCUUUAUUCAGCUCAUCAUCGUUGGUGGCCAGGUCCUGAUCAUCUUUCUCGGCGGGAAAGCCUUUUCCGUGCAGCCUCUCAACCAGGCCUCUCAGUGGGCAGUGAGCGUGUUGCUUGGAGCUCUUGCAGUACCGCUGGCGGUAAUCAUUCGCCUGAUCCCGGAUCAGUUUAUCACUAAGCUCAUUCUAUAUAUGUGGCCCGGCACAAAGAGCCCUGAGUUAGGCGUCCCCGGGGAAAGCCGCCAGGACGGGUGGAAUGCAGUACUGGAGGAGAUCCGCGACCACCCGGUGUUCAUGAAGAAGGUCCGAGGAGGGCGGCUAAGGCAUAUAAUACAAAAACACCGCCAAGAUUUGCUCCAGUCCUGCGGCAGCUCACAUCCAUAUUCUUCUACUCUUCCCACGGUGGCUAAUGACCAAAUCGUGGCUGAGCAUUUGGCAUCUCCGCCUGCAUCUGAGCGGACACCUUUAAUUCAUGGCCUUCGAACGAGUCAGAACCAGGCACAGGUUUAAAUAUCGGACAAUCAGCAUCUUAACAUUGCCGUUAUGUUGAUGAUACAUGUUUAGCGUAUUGCAAUGGUGCGAAUCGAUGUAC